CGACUCCGAACACGAUGGAAGAUUCCUCUCGAGAUUCCAGCAACCAAACCGAGUUAAACUCGACGCAGCAGGACGAACUCCAGCAAGAGUACCGUAAAUACUACAAAACAUCACUGAUAAUUGCUCUGCUCAAGCAAACGGAUGCUCCCGUUUCGGUUGAACACAGAGCGUUACUUGGACUGUACAAGCACGAAGGAGACAUUCCUUUUGGAUUGGAUCAUAUUCGUACCAUCAAUCUGGAUUAUAAUGAGCGGCAAUCGAUUGUGAAGUAUAUUGAGGCGAAAGUCCCGGAACAGGUACGACCCUUUGUGGACAAGGCAAAACGGUUCACUGAAAACGGACUGGACGAUCUGGGUAUUGCCCCUUUUCGCGAACAAAUCGAAAUCCUCCAGCUCGACAUAGAACGACAACAACUGUCCGCCAAGUUAGCGAAACUCAAAACACUAAAGCUACAGUUGAUUAAAGCCUGCGCCGACAUUCGCACCGGUCCGUAUCAGCGGAACAACGUUGAAUUAAAGCAUGCUGAAACCAGGCUGUUGCAGGCGAAAGCCGAGUUGGUGUUUAAGCUCACAAAAAACGAAAUACUCAAUUGUACUCCACAUGCCAUGAAAGCGAUUAAGGAGGUGGCAGCCAAUGUUAGCACGCUUUUGGGAAAUGAUAAUUGAUUUCACG